AUGCCGCCAUUACAAGGCGAAGAACGCCUUGUCACUUUGUUCGCCGAUAUUCAUUACUACUUCACAGAGCCAACCCGAAGACCUUUACCCUAUCACCACCGCUUUGAUAAAGGCUCAUAUCUUUAUAUUUACCAUGAUGCCUCUCAGAAUAAGGCCCGAAUUGAGAUUGCCAACAAUCCUGGAUCACCUGAACAGGAUGCGUUUUGCGGAAAUUUGAACAAUGUCCAUAUACGCCAUUCCUCUCAGUUCCCAACUCUCUGUACACUAACCGUUGAUGCACACACGGCUUCGCCCCAGCAACAGCAGCGGAUACAACAAGAUCCACCCCAACAUGAAUGGCGUCUGCCUAGUGGAGACAAACGCGAAGGUUCCAAUAAUUUCCGGGAUUUUCCCCGUCUGCAUACAUUGGACAUCUACUUCUGGGGCCUGGAAGAUGCAACCCAGUUCCUGGAUGCAGCUAUACCAAUUCUGUCGAGCUCCCAGGUUGAGACGGACCGAGAACCAGCCCCACAGGCUGAGCAACCCAUGAGCUCUGUAGUCCAGCAGCUCGAGACCAUUGCAGUCUCCGAUCCAGCCUACCAGAAUGGCCAAACCCGUAAUUCCAGAACCGACCCAGCAAAACAAGUACCAGCUGCCCAAGGACCACCGCAAAUCAGCAGCUUCCCGCCGCCACCUCCAAGCGGCCCCCCAGCCGAGCAACAGCCCAGCAAUGGAUCUUCUCCCGCCGAAGGAAAGAAAGACCCAGCAAGCUUUGCCCCGCUACCAUACAACCCGGCCGCCCCAGCAGCUCCAGAGCCAAUCCAAUAUCGCGAGAAAACCCCACCACCAGAAGACGGCAUGGACGGCACAGGCCUCGCAGCCGCAGUGGCAGCCGACAAUGGCGUCCCAUACACACCUUCCAAUCCCAAGCAGAUGAACGGAGGCGCAGUAGGCAUGGGCGCAUACGCUUCUCCUCCCCCUUCAAACCCAGGCCCAGGGUUGCAAUACGGAGCACCGCCGGCCUACGCCUCUCCCCCGCCCAGUGCCGGCAUCCAUUACUCCAACACUUUCUCCCCUACACAGUCAAUCCACAGCCCUGGGAUACCUUCAUCAUAUCAGUAUUCCCACAGCGGCCAGGGAGAGCAAUCGAGCGGCCGACAGGGUUCGAUGUCUUUCGCACCUCCGCCGCAGGAUCCAAAUGCCCAUUUCUUCGACCACAAUGUCUACAGUGGUUCACAGACCCAGCUGCGUCAGCAUCAGACUCCCGUUCCGAUCGGCGGGUUCUCGAACUACUCGUACGAUCAGACUCCUGCGCAGCAGCCGCAGCGUCCGGGCUCAGAAUAUGAUAUCCAUAGUCAGGUUUACCGGCCCAAUGAAGUCGAGGCUGCAUCUCAUUAUCAGAAAUACGCAAAGAAAGCUAUGAAGAACCCAGGACAGCGGCCGCAUAAAUUGGAAGAGAAGGCGGAGCGGCUGGAGGGUGGCGUGAAUAGGUUUUUAAAGAAACUUGAGAGGAAGCUCUGA